CUCCUCUCUCCAGAUGAAGCAAUUCCUGUCUGAGCAGAGGGAAAGGAUGGAGGGGGCUGCCAGGUGAGGAGGAGGACAGCCUGAGUGUCUCUCCAUGCCCCACCACCUAGUCCACUGCUGCUGGGGGGCCCACUGAGGGGCUUAAAGGAACACCCAGCCCAGGGCUUGUCAGAAAGAUCUGCCCUCUCCAUCCUGGUGUUACUGGACCUCUCUAUCUGCUCACCCAAUGCUUUGCUCCCACCCCAGGCUGCUAACAGGAAGAUGCCAGCUAGAAGCCCAAGGAUAGAGAAUGCCACUGGUUCACAUCAUAUCUCUCCAUCGGUGCAGCCAUGGCAAAGCUAGAGGCAAGAUCCGUCCACAGUGACACAGCCUUCCAGAGCCAAGAGUCCUUCCACUCUUUCGCCAGUAGAUCAUCUGACUCUCCAUCCCAGGGCACUAUGGGAAGUGUCGGCAGCGGCGUAGCCAAUGACCAAGAGUUUGCAAUGAAGAGUGUAGGAACCAGGACUCAGAACAGCUUGAAGCAGAAUGACAGCUCCAGGAAUGGGUACUCCAACCGCUACUCGGGGGAAGAAAAAACUUACAAGACAGAGAAGAACUCCAGUUCCAUGUACAUCAACGGAGAGCAGCGCAAGAAUGAGAAGAUGAAAGCUGACAUGUGUGGGAAUAGCAAUGAGACUUUGGUAAGACCUUCUGCUUUUAAACCUGUGGUUCCAAAAAACUUUCACUCCAUGCAAAAUCUGUGUCCACCCCUGAACAAUUCAGCAACUGAUAACAGUAAAAGUUCUAACCACGGAAACAGCAACAGUGCAGCUGCAAUGAAAAGUGGACACGAGAAGAGUAGCCACAAUCGGUCAUCCAACCAAGUAGGGGGUCUGUCAGAUUCUGGUCGAAAUUCACUAACAAGCUUACCAACUUAUGGGACUGGCUACAGCCAACAUGUUGGCCCAAUGAGUGCGUCAACAAGCCAUAUAAAUCGUAUUGGGACUAACUAUGUUGAAAAGAAUAUAGUGGGUUAUAACGGCAUAUCUACCUCAGAAAGUGUACGAUCUUCCAGUAAAAGCACUUCCUCUUUCAGCAGAAUAAAUCAUCUCAAUGAAACAUUGCGUUUUCACUCGCCUUCAAGCGAUGACAUUAUUCAAGACUUGGAAGAUCGACUGUGGGAGAAGGAACAGGAAGUCAUUCAGAUGAAGAGGAACUUGGACAAAAGUGAGGCGGCCAUUUUCCAAGUCUUCGAGGAGAAGCAGAAAAUUUGGGAACGUGAAAUGGAGGACUUGAGACAGAAUUAUGCCAACAAACUUCAACAGGUCUCGAAGAAAGCACAAAGGGCCCAGCAAGCUUUACAGUUGCAGGUAUUUAAACUUCAACAGGAAAAGAAAAAAUUUCAAGAAGAUGUUGCACAGCUCCUUCAACAAAGGGAGGAAAUGGAGAAGAAGUGCAUGGUUUUCAAGAAAGAACAGGCUGAAUUCCUCCCUAAGAUAGAAGAAACAAAGUGGGAGGUAUGCCAGAAAGCUGGUGAAAUAUCCCUAUUGAAGCAGCAGCUUAAGGACUCUCAAUCAGAUGUCUCUCAAAAACUAAAUGAGAUAGUAGGACUGAGAACUCAGCUUAAGGAAGCUAAGGCUUUCCUGAGGGAAAAGGAGGAACAGAUUGCUUCCAUCAAGGAUUCUUAUAGCUCAAAGAGUGUCAGCCUGGAGAUCUGCGAGAAUGAGAUGCAGAGGAAGCAAAGUGAAGCCCAACAAAUGAAGGAAAAGUUAAGUCAAUGUGAACAGGAAAUCGCUGGUUUGAAGGAAGCCCUCUCAAACUUUGGUCAAAACCCAUAUAACACAGAAAUGAACGAGAAGCUCACUCUUGCGUGUGAGAGUGAUGAGGCAAAGAUGAAACGUCAAAGUGAAGACUGCGUAAUUUCCAUGAAAAGGGAUAUAGAAAGUCUUCAGGUGGAGUUGUCGUUAGAGAGACAGCAAAGGGAUCAUCAGGUGGUAGAGUUUGAAGAUGAGAGGCGUACUUGGCAAGAAGAAAAAGAGAGAGUGAUUAAGUAUCAGAAACAGCUACAACUCAACUAUGUAGAGAUGUAUCAGAAAAAUCAACAGUUGGAGCAAAAGAUCAAUGAAAUAACCAAUAAAGUCACUACACCACCAGCUGAAGAUAAAAAACCCUGGACACCUUCAAGGUUAGAGAGAAUAGAGUCCACAGAGAUCUAAUACAAAUGGACCUACUCUACACAGCUAGUUUCUCACUGUGCAUGUGCUACCUACUCCAGCUCACGGUUAGCCAGAGAAGAAUCUUCAAAGGAAUCUCUUUGUACUGAAGGGUUCUGCAAUUGGCAGGCCCUUUGAGUACUCAGGAGAUGUAUGAGCUGAGGAACGAGUGCUUGCUGUAAUCCAACUGCAGUUGAAAAAUGGUAUACUGUUUGUUAUGCCGCUGAUAAUGCUCUCUGUCUGUUCUCCCUUCUGACUGCACCUUUCUCUACCUACCAGGCGAACAGCACAUUGCAUAGUGCAGUGUAUUGCCGGUGCCCUGUACUGGUAGUUUUUAUGGUGCCAAUGCAGUACCGGUGCUCUAAACGUCCGGUAAUGGCAGUAACCUCUACUGCUGGUGCCUUGUAUUGCCAGUACUGCCGAUGUCCUGUACUGCUGAUGCCUGGUGCUGCCAGUGCCUGUACUGUCAGUACUUGCAGUGCCCUGUGCUCGUGCGCCCUGAAAUUGGGGUACAACCCUGUGCGUUUUAUGAAUAUAUGUCACUGCUGGUACUGCCAUGUACGCUUAGCACUCUCAGUGCCCUUCCCUACUGGUACUGCCAGUCUCCUGUACUAACAGUACAUAUGGUGCCCUGUCCCGCUGGUACUGCCCUGUGCGAUUGGCAUUCUCAGUGUCCUGUUUACCGGUAUUGUCAGUACACUGUGCAGCCCUUUCGGGAUACAGCUAUGUGACUGUUACUGUUUUAUUUUGUUUUGGGGGUGGUAGGGGUGAACUUAUGGGAAAAGGUCAAAGUGACUUGGAUCCUGGGUUAUUUUAGCCAUAUUGGCUAGCGGAGGGAAGCUCUGAUGUGAUAUGAAAUCUAGCACACUUUGAAGAAUUCUAAUCACUGUUUACUGUGAAUACAACUGAUGCAGUAGAACAUAUAGAAAUCUCUAUAUUCAUGUGAAAGCUCUCUACAUACAAGGUCAAAAUGACCUAUGAAUUUGCUUGGUUAAUAAACACCCAUAUCUCAGUUUAUCUAGGAUCAAAA